GCUGCCGUGACGAGAAGAAUUCUUCAGUUUCAAUGCGUGGUAAUGAUGUCACUCAGUUAUCGCAUAAUGGUGGCGGUGACUGUGACAGUGGUGAGCGCCUCGACUGUAUUUUGUCAGUUUGUGGGUGAACCCGUGCAGCAAUUGAGUGGGGACGUCGAUGAACCCGUGGAGCAGGUAGGCGUGGAUGUGGGCGUGAUGGUGGGUCAGGUAGUGGAGCACCAUCUCACCGGCUGUCACCUGGUGCUCAUCACCACUACACAACACUCACGUGUUUUCUCCAGUAUUAACAGAUACUUGAGUGUGGGUGUGGAGGCUGGCGUGGUAGUGGAGGCAGGGUGGGUGUUGUCUCAGGACCAGCUGGCCCAGGACCACCUCCUCCAGAGGCUGUGGGGAGACACCAGAACCACCUGCCGGGCAUUGAUCAUCGACCUCACCAAUAAUGACAAAACUGAGUCUGCGCUCAGAUUAGCAGAAACAUCAGGGUUGUGGAAGUUGUCUGAGACGCGGGUGGUGGUGGUGGGUGGGACGGCAGGAGUGAAGGACGUCCUCCUCCACCAUAGUCUCCGUAACACCGUCCACGCCCUCUACCUGGCCUUCCACGACCUCACCCUCAGCACCCUACCACGUCACGGUAACUCACGCCUAAAGAAGGUCCUCCCUAAGGAAGGAGUAGUGAAUGAGCGUGUGUCGGUGUACCGGCGAUGUCUAUACUGCAACAACGGGGAUAUGGACGUCCAGUUUAUCAAAGAGAAGAACCUGACAUCUCUCAUUAUGAAAGAUAUUGGUCUAUUCCACGAUCAGUUUCAAAACCUAAUGGGUCACACGUUCCAGGUAACAACAGCACCAUACUUUCCUUACAUGGACUACCAGCGGGACAGCCAGGAGCCAGGAAGCAACGUCACACCCAAAGAAUCAGUCGACGCCAGCUUGAUUAACUCUUUGGCUGCAAUACUGAACUUUACUUACGAGAUUCGUGAGGAGCCCAACAAAAAUUGGGGCGUGGAGAAUGACGGCAUCUUCGACGGGAUGAUGGGUCAGCUUCAGCGAGAAGAAAAGGACUUCUGCACUGUGGCAGGACCCUCACCAGGACGGCUCAAGGCGAUAGAGUACGCCAAAGGGUAUCCGUCGGACAUGGUGACAAUAAUAUCACUACGGCCCUCAAUACUGCCACAAUACCUCUCACUGAUAAGACCUUUUGCAGGAGAACUGUGGAUGGCGCUGCUGGUCAGUGUGGUGGCUUGGAGUAUAGUUAUAUGGGUGCUCCAAAGUUCGUGGCAGUGGAUGGCGGGUGGUCCCAGCGUUAAGUACAACACUGCUCUCCUGUACGGCUGGGGCGCUCUCCUGGAGCAGCCGCCCCACGACCCAUCCGUCAGUACAUCAGGCCAGGUAUUGGUGGGUUUCUGGCUGGUGUUCUGCCUCAUCAUCGUUACAGGGUUUCGUUCGUCUUUGAUAGCUCACCUAACGAUCCAGGGAAAGUCUCUGCCCAUAGACACCUUCGAGGACCUGGCUCAACAGAGUGGUUGGGAAUGGGGGACUGAGGCUUGGCUCCUGAAGGGCGUUCCGCUUGAGUACUUCUCCACACACACCGAUCCAGUAGUGAAGAAAAUCUACCGAAAAACGGAGGUGCUGGAUGCCAAAGAUGCACUGCCGAAAGUGAUGGCGGGGAGCUAUUCAUUCAUCAGCUUCAGGAACUACAUCAGUGUUGUGGUCGCUUCUCAGUAUUCUGACGAACGCGGUCAGAUUCCAUUCCACAUUAGCCAAAAGGGAAUAUACAUCCUGGCUGCCUUUGGUUGGGGGUUUAGGAAGGGAGCGCCGUUCUUCCCGCGGUUUAGUCAGCUGAUGAUUCGGCUGGAAGAUGCAGGGAUCAUCACCUACUGGACCAAGGAUGUGAUAGCCAGGCGGGUCAGGGAGAACAGAGAGACUGCAGGAAAGAGCAUCCAACCCAAGGACGAAGCCAGUGAAAUAGUGUUGAGGCUUAGCCACCUGCAGGGCGCCUUUUAUCUACUGUUUCUGGGCUCAAGCGUUGCUUUCCUCACCCUACUAGUAGAGAACUUCACCCAUUCCGUCUACUCGUCUCAGUAAAUGAACUGUAACGUUACCUCAUAAUACGGAUAAUGUAUUGGUAUGAUAUCGGCCACUGUUUUCAGUCGUUGUGUUGGCUGACAAGACCUUGGCACAAGGCUGGCUACUUCCUUCCACAAAUUUGUUAUGGAAUUCAGACGAUCCAGGAUAUAUGCAUUGCAGUACAGUCUUUCCAUCCUCGGCCAUGACAAUAAUUUUUUUCCCUUCUUUUGUUUUUCUCCCCCCUACAGUUCUGUUAUAUUAAAGAAACGAAUUUAUAAAUAUUUUGGAAGCACAAACUGAUCUAUUUUUCUCCAACACCCUGGAUGCGCUCCUCUGGUCUAUUAAAAUUUUUUUUAAAAUUA